GAUCUUGCGCAACUCGAGCAGGAGCUCGCAGAAGCUGAAGAUGGGCUGAACACGUGCACCAUGGCUUUGGAAAUGGAUCCUGACGACAACGACGCGCGCGACCUGAUUCCCACCUUCGAAGCACAGAUUGCACACCUCAAAGCCCAAAUUUCAGCAGCAAAUACAUCACAAACUGCCGCCCCUCCACCGCCGCCCGGCCAUCUGCCUCCCAAAUAUGACAUGAGCAAGCACCCCAAAUUUCAGACAUCCGCCGUCGAUCCACCUCCACCACCGCCAGAAGAGACUCGUGUCACUUUCAAUGUCGGCGACUCGGUCCAGGCCAAGUAUUCCGCCGACAGGCAAUGGUAUCCCGCGACAAUAGUUGCCAAAACUGGUAGCUCCUCAGAUCCUGUUUACAGUGUCAAAUUUACUGGCUACAAUGAGAAGGAGCAGAAGCGGAAGCACGAGGUGCGGCCUGUUGAGAACAUGAAGAAACGAAAAGCCGAUAGUACACCUGUGCCCACUAAUGCGAUACCGCCUCCACCACCUCCGGUCUCGCCAAAGGCCACCUCGCAUGCCACAGUCAUCUCCGCCGCACCUUUGAUAGACACGACAGCUUUGCAGAAGAAAGAACCUAGCAAGGUCAGUGAUGGUCCCACGCGCAUGGCUCCCGCGCCGAAGAAGCUCAAGGGGCAGAAAGCGCUCGAGAAGGGAAAGAGCAGUUGGAACGACUGGCAAAAGUCAGGCCCCAAGAAGCCUGCUGUCGGCGGGUCAACGAAAUUGAAAAAGGACAGCCAAUUUCGCACUCCUGACUUACCAGGCGCCAAGGUUGGAUUCACAGGUUCUGGAAAGCCGAUGACGAAAGAUCAGGUGCGGACGAAAUGGAAU